AUGAAUGACACUGAGAGGACUUCGGAUCCGGACCUGCGGUCCAAGACCUCGUCCCUCGAACACUCCUCGCAACAUUCUUCACUUUCCGCCCCUCGACGCUUGAAUGCCGACGCUCAAAACUCCAGGAAACUGCGCUCGCAGUAUCCUCGAGGCUCUAGCGAGAACCAUGUAGAGUAUAUCCUGGUAGCCUCCUUCGAUAUUGAUCGCGGCCCUGUCAUGGAACACCAGUAUCCAGUCGCUAUCACUGGAGACGAAAACAUGUUGGCAGAGCUCAUGCUUCCCGACCAAGCACAUGCCAGAAAUCAGGACUGGACCAUAUUCUUCCUGCACAAGGACAUGAGCGAUGAAGAGGAAGACGAAGAAAGAAAACGCAAAGAGAGGAGGCGGAGACGGCGGCGCAAGCGUAGGGCGCUCGCCGCCGGCAUUAUUCCUUCAGAGCAAGACGAUGACGACGUGCAAGACAGCGACGACGAAUACGACGACAACGAUGAUGAUGACGAUGAAGAUAGCGAUACAGAGCCCGAGGGUGGUGAAGGCCCUCCCCUCAUAUACGUACUCAACUUGGUCAACACAAAACAUGACAAGACUGUGAAACGUGGUGCUGUUGUCAAAGCUAUGGCCAUUUGCACGAGACACCCAUUCUUACACAUUUACAAGCCGUUGCUUCUCUUGGCACUAGAGGAGUACUUUAAGUCCCCCGUACCGGAAACUCUAUCCAUGUUAUACGAUGCCGUCAAUGCGAUGGACUUGUCUCUGAUGCCAAAGCUCAGUCUUCUCGAGCGCCAUCUACUGCUGGGUAGUGAGAACAGAGAUCUUUUUGUCGAAAAGUUCGAGCGUAUGAUUCAAACACGCAUGGCCGAGGAUCGCGGAGAAGCCAUUAAUACCAACGGCGAUCAUCCCACAGAAGUCUCUCGCAAAGGCACUAAAGCUCACAUUGAGGUCGGCAGCCAGUCCGCCUACUCAGUACCACGGGAUACACACGAGUUUGAGAGCCAUGUCAUGUAUAAGGGCAUACCAAUCCCCAUCAAAGUUCCCACGGCAGUCAUGCCAGAAACGGUUGGAGAUUUUUCUCUGGUCAAAUUGAUCCAAAACUUCUCUGAAACCCACGCGAAAUCGCCGCAGCCGUUCACGAUUCACCCACAUUUGACCACCAGUGGCGCUACUACACAUCCCAUCAUCGUUCUGAUCAAUGGGCUGCUGACACAAAAGCGCAUCAUAUUCCUAGGACACAAUAUGCCCUCAGGGGAAGUGGCUGAGGCUGUUUUAGCGGCUUGUGCCCUUGCUUCUGGUGGCGUUUUGCGUGGCUUUACGCGCCAUGCCUUCCCAUACACCGAUCUCACCAAGAUUGAUGAUCUUCUGAAUGUGCCUGGAUUCAUUGCGGGUGUAACGAAUCCUACGUUUGAGAUGCACCCUGAGUGGUGGGAUAUUCUUUGCGAUCUGCCUUCGGGACGUAUCAAGAUCAGCAGCAAGAUUGAGCCGGCUCCUAUAACCGAGGGACUAGUUUACUUCCAGCAGCAAAACGCAGCACUGGCCUCGAUCGCGAGUGGGACAGUCAACAAUACCCAGGACUUGACUGGUGACCAGGCGUUCAUGGCCGAUAUUUUACGAAGCAUUGCGGCCCGACAUGGCGAGCGAACGGUUCGAGCGAAAUGGCGAGAUUGGGUACUCAAAUUUACCAGAGUAUCAGCACAGUUUGAGGAGAGUGUCUAUGGUGCAAGCGCCCUUUUUGUGGGCAUUGAGGAGCAGAACAUGCUUCCUCCGGGAGCCACGGGCCACGGCUUCGUAUGGUCAGAUGAUGCGGCCAAAAAUAAGGAACUGGCUGGAAAUGUGACUCGAAUCGAAGGCUGGCGCAAUACUCGCAGCUACUACAGCUUCAUUCAGGACCUUGCACAGGUAUACACCGUGAGACCACUCAAAGGCCUUGAUCUUGCGCACAUGCAUGAUCGACUUCGCAUGCAGCGACUGAACCCGUCUCAAAGCCGCGACAUUUACCUCACCUUUUCCAAAUACAUUCAUUCAUACGACGAAAUCUGCCUUUUUCUUUCGGUGGCUCCCGAGUCGCACGCUGGGCUGUUUUACCUCGCGCUAGGCCUGUUUCACAAGGAAAAGGACGUUCGGCUGAAGACCACCGAUCUCUUGGGACGGAUUGCGGAGCACGAAGCAGGGCAGCACUGGUGGAAGAGCCUGAGCAGAUUUGAAAAACUCGCCUUUGAUCGCAUUCGCAGAGAAGCCGACGCCGAAAUCAGAGCACAACUGGAGAAGGAUGGCCUCAGCCCCGUGUUUGAAAGAAAUGUGUUCACUUACUGA